AUGAGUAUUCGGCAAAGUCUCAUUCAACAAUUUAUGCACACCCUACCUAGUUAGAACCCUUAAUAGACUAUAACUUUAUUGGCUCUUAUAGGAAUUGAAAGUGUUCUUUAAGAUAACGACAAUAAAUUAGUCAGAGAAGAAAUUACCUAAAUCAGACGACAAAUAGAGAAUAUUUAAACUAAAGAAGAAGAACACACAUUAAGAGGAGUAAAAUCAAAGGAAAGAGCUCUAACUCCUAAGAUUACAGAAUCUUCAGCUCCAACUCCAUUAAGCAACCAAAGAAAUACUGUGUCUAGACACCAUUUAGAUGAUCAGGCGAUGAGGAUGGCACUUAGUUAAUAAUAUGAGGAAACAGAAUAAUUUAGAUCCCCUAAAUCAGAAAUCUCUAAUAUGAGAACACCUAAAUAAUCUAUUCAAUAUUUUAUUGAGAUGAAGAGUUAGAAAUCGAAAAGGGGACCAGAAAAUAAAUUAAAGGAAUUGCAAAAUAAUUUAACUAGAGAAUUAAUAGCAGAUUAUUAGGGUGUUUUGGAGGAUAUCAAACAAAACCCAACAAAAUAUCUGGAUACUCCAGAAACAAGCCUUUAGGAAUAAUAAAUAAAGGACUAUAUAAAGAUGCAAUAGUAGGUACAAUUAUAGUAGCAAAAAUUAGAAAUUGAAAAAUAACAGCAAUAAAUAAAAUAACAAUCUUAAGACUAUAAUUAAUCUUAAAAAGAUCUACUAAAUUUGAGAAGGAGAAUUGAAACAUAGCCUGAUUAAAAAUUAGAAAAAUCUUGGCAAAUUUAGGAGAAAAAGACUAAUUAGGGUAUGAUAAAUUAUAAGUCAGAACAAAAUUAAAUCUAAACUUAAAUGGCAACAAAGAAAGUUUAAUCCACACCAUAAUAAAAAGAAAGAAAAUCUCCAAAUAGAUAUGAAUAUUAAUAAUAAUAACAAUAAUAAUAAUAAUAAUAAUAACAAUAAUAAUAGUAAUAAUAGUAAUAACAAUAAUAGUAAUAGUAGUAAUAAUAAUAAUAAUAAUAAUAAUAGUAAUAACAAUAACAAUAAUCAGGUUUAUAAACAGAUAACACAUUUUCAUUCUUCUAAAGAUAAAAGACUUAAGGAAAUCAAAUCAAUACUCAAUAAUCUAUUAAUUAUGAAAAACAUAGUGGAGGUUUGAAGUAGAUGGCAGAUAAGUUGAUAAAUUCUCCAAUUAUUUAAUAAGUUUCUUUGAAGUCAGCUGAAAAUGUUUCAUCUCCAGGGAAAGAAGUUUAAGUUUCAUAGUUUGAAGAAUAAGGUACAAUUAAGAGUUAUAUUUAGAUUCAAUGAGUUCAAAUUCAAGUGCAUUUUCGCUAUUCUAACCUAACGAGGAAUUGAAAUCAUUUUUUAGGAAAGAAUUAAUAAAGGAAGAGAAUGAUGAAAGUAAGUACUAUAAUUAAAUAGAUCACGAUCCGAAUUGCGUAAAAUACUCUAAUAUAUUUUUGAAAGGGAGAAUGGGAGGAUCAAAAGUGUUUUGAAUUAAU